AUGGGGGAGAAUCAGGAGAGUGAAGAGGAUCGGGAAGGAAUCACAGAGAAUUGGGAAGGAUGGAAUUCAUUAAAGUUGAAAAUUCUCCUAUUGAUCUAUUGUUAUGGAUUGGAGCGUCUCCACCCUUCUAUUGGCAAACUCACAAGCCUCGUUACCUUGGACUUGAGUUACUGUAGAGGUCUCAAGGAGCUACCAGAGGAGGUGGGUGGAUUAAAAGAUUUAGAAGAACUUCUUUUAGGUUACUCUGGUAUUACAACAAUUCCUUCGUCUAUUGGUUCUUUGAGGAAAUUGAAGACACUGAGUGCCGAGUGGUGUAAGUCACUGAGAGAAAUCCCCAGCUCAAUUGGGGAUUUACAGAAUUUGCAAUACCUUAACUUGCGAAAAACUGCGAUCGAAAAGCUUCCCAGUGCUAUUGGAGGGUUGAAAAAUCGGCAGUUUCUAAAUCUCAUAAAGUGCAAUAGUUUGAAAGGGGCAAUUCCAAGUGAAAUCGGUGACUUGCCUUCCCUUGAGAUUCUCAAUCUCUUUGCAACACCGAUAUCUGACCUGCCAAAAAGCAUCCGGAAUCUUUCUUCUCUCCAAAGCCUUGACUUAUGGAAGUGUAAGGAGCUCCGGUCGCUGCCAGAGCUUCCUUCGGGCUUAACACGUCUUUGGUCACUUGUCAGAGUCUUGGACUGCCACAACUUUUUAGCCUCAUCCGCCUAGAAGAACUCUCUCUUGAUGUACUCCAUUUACUUGAAGACAUCUACGAGCUUUCCUCAAUACCAGUGAAACUCUGUUUUGAGGAGAGGGAUAAGCUGACAUCACUUUGCCUCGACGGACCCACGUACUUGGAAGAGCUUUCAAUAGAAAAGUGUAGUUCCAUUAAAUACUUGACCCUUUCACGAUUGUUUCAUCUGAAAAUAUUUCGCGUUGAGCAUUGCAAUAGCCUAGUUCAAAUUCACAGCCAUGAUGAUUUGGUGUGCUUGGAGGUCAUAUUUUUAUAUGACUGCAAUUCCAUUAGAAGUCUUCUCUGUCCAAGAUCACGGUAUUUGAAGAAAUUAGUGGCUGUUGAGUGCGACAAUCUGGUUAAAAUUCAAGGUCUUGAUGGUGCAGAGUUCUUAGAAGAGUUGGAUUUUACAGGAUGCAAAUCAAUGGAGACUUUGCCAGAUUUGACGGGAUGUGAGAAGUUACGAUCUCUAAGAGUUCGAGACUGCAAGAAACUUACUCAGCUUCAAGGACUUGAAAAGUUGAAUUUAAUUGAUUUGGAUAUUUCUGGUUGUGACUCAUUGGAAGCAAUACCGAAAUUAUC